UCCCGCCAUGUGGGAUGCCGGGGAUCGCCCCGCGGAGGACCGCCAGCCAGGGACUGUAGCACACUGCCCGUCAACAUGGGGGACCGAGAUAGAUUAGUCCCCAGCGGACCGAGCUCGUGCUGCCUCGCUCCCGGCUCGCUAUUUGACGCCUGACCCCAACCUGGUCCCAAUGCUGUCUCGGCACCUGUGGUGACCCGCUCAAGGGGGUUUCCCCUUAUACAUAAUAACAGCCUCGCAUACACUCCCUCGUGCCCCGACUGUAGACUACUAGAAUACCACACACACCCUUUCCUUUCAACACUCGGAACUCGGAGGCGGCUGGCCUAAGCCUUUUCAACAAGGAAAGCGUUGCGGAUCAUCCGACAGCUAGCUGGGCACAAUGAUUACAGAUCAGAUAAUACAGCUGCUGGGACAACACUGGCUGGCCGUGGUACUCGUUGUCAUCCUUGCGUGGCUCGUGAGGAACAGGUACCACAAUGGGUUGAACAAGUAUCCAGGACCCUUCUUGGCGUCCUUGACAGACUGGUGGAGGUUCUUCGACGUGUAUAAGCGUCGGCCCGAAUUAUCACACAUUGCGCUUCACAAGAAGUACGGACCUGUUGUCCGGCUGGGGCCGAACACGCUAUCGUUUUCAGACCCCGACGCUCUGAAGACCAUUUACGGGCUCAACAAGGGGUUUAUCAAGUCCGACUUCUACGUGGUCCAACAGUCUGUGGUGAAGGGGCACGCCCUUCCGUCGCUGUUUAGCACUACAGACAAUGACUUCCAUAUGCAAUUUCGGCGCUGCGUCAACUCGGCUUUUGCAAUGUCGGCGCUGGUGCAAUACGAGCCGUUUGUCGACAACACGACCAAGCUGUUCCUGAAGCAGACCGAGCGGCUCUACGUCGACAAGUCCAGCGCGUGCGACUUCACCCGGUGGUUGCAGUUUUAUGCGUUUGACGUCAUUGGCGAGAUCACGUACAGCAAGCGGCACGGGUUCAUCGAGAGGAACGAGGACGUCGAUGGCAUUGUGGCGUAUCUGACAAAGCUGUUCCUCUAUGUUGCGCCGAUUGGCCAAAUUCCCAUCCUCGACCGCUUCUUCUUGAAAAAUCCCAUCUACCUCAAACUCUCCGAAUGGGGCUUCCUGGACGCCACCUUCCCGGUCGCCAAAUUUGCACGCGCCCGCAUGGCCGAGCGCUUGCCCGAGCUCGACGACAAGAAUCUCACGGCCACGGAGAAGCGAGAGAAGGAAAAGGAACCCCUCCUCCCGAUGUCUGAGAAGCCCCCUGUCAAAUCGCCGGACCUGCUCUCCAAGUUCCUCGCCGCGCGCGAGGCCCGCCCAGAGUUCAUGACGGACACGCUUGUGCAGACCAUGGCCGUGUCGAUGGCCUUUGCGGGCUCCGAGACAACAGCCAUCUCUUUGUCGGCCGUCUUUUACUACCUGCUCAAGAACCCGCGCACGCUGGAGCGCCUGCGGCAGGAGAUUGACGAGGCGGCGCGCGAGGGCCGCUUCAGCGACUACGAGACGGGCCUCGUCACCUGGCACGAGAGCCAGACGCUGCCCUACCUCGACGCCUGCGUCAAGGAGGCCUUCCGGCUGCACCCGGCGCCGGGCCUGCCCAUGGAGCGCAUCGUCCCCAAGGGCGGGCUGGACAUCGCCGGGCGGUACGUCAAGGGUGGCACAAUUGUUGGCGUGUCGGCAUGGGUUGUCCACAGGGAUGAGAAGAUCUUUGGGGAGAAGGUGGAUGAAUUUAGGCCGGAGAGGUGGCUUACUGGUGGCGAGGAGGUCAAGGCUAUGAAUGGCACUAUGCUCCAGUUUGGCAUGGGCAGCAGGACGUGCAUUGGGAAGAAUAUCAGUCUGCUGGAGAUUUAUAAGUUGGUGCCUACCAUGUUGAGGCGGUUUGAGAUUGAGUUCGAUGACCCUAACUCGGAGUGGGAGAUUGUCAAUGCUUGGUUUGUCAAACAGCAUAACUUUGUGACGAGGUUUAAGCUGAGGGAGCUUGUUAUGCCCGAGAAGAAGGUUGAGGCUGGGUGAAUGUAUUAUGUAUGGCAUCCUAAGGUACUCGCAGGUCGGAUUGCAUUGCAUUUGGGGGGUUGGCCUGGCUUAGAUGGUU